UAUCCGAAUGUUGACUCAUCCCUUCAGUCUUCUCUAAAAAUCCGGAGUGGGAAAACGAGAAGAGCAAUAAUCGGAACUCUUUCUCCUCUCUACAAUCUAAGGUCGCUGGUAACAUUUAUCUAAAGAGCAAUGGCUGUUUCUGUCAAGUCCAUGUCUCUCAUUGUCGCAACUUUUGGUGUGAUAUCCUUUAUAUUUGGAGUCGUAGCUGAAAACAAGAAGCCUGCAGCUGGAACUCCCAUCCCUGGCAAGGGCCUUGUUAUCUGUAAAUAUCCGGGCGAUCCAACUGUGGCGUUGGGAUAUCUUUCGGUUCUGUUUCUUCUUGCUUCGUCGAUUGCAGGAUACUUUUCCUUGUUCUAUCCUUACCAAGGAAAAUCUGUUCCUCGAGGUGCCAUAUUUAGGAGCAGCAGUUUCUCUAUUUUCUUCAACGUUGCUGUGUUCACAACUGGUUUAGCUAUAACAUUGCUCGUAUGGCCCACGGUCACAGAGCAACUUCACUUGAUGCGCAACGUUCAUCACAAUCUCGAGACGGAGUGCCCGACCGCUAAGACCGGUCUUCUAGGUGGUGGUGCUUUCUUGUCCCUGGAUUCGUCCCUCUUCUGGUUGGUUGCCUUGAUGCUGGCUGGGAAUGCUCGAGAGGACUACUUCGAAGAAAUCGAGGAAAAGGGAAGCAACGGUGAAGCUCUUAAGAGCAGCGCAUGAAGGCUCUUUAUUUACGUUUAGUGACAAUAAAAAUUUGGUUUCUCUUUACUAUUGGAUUUACUUGUAGAUAUGGAAUUGGACUGGAUAGUCUUUGUGGUAUCGUCUCAAGCAUCAAUUGUUAUAUAACCAAAUUUCUAUUUUAUAGGAUAUCUAUAUAUAUAAAGUAUAAAGGUUUCUCCCUCCCUCUAAAA